AUGUCUAUGCGACAGGUUCAACGUUGCGUUUCGGAGGUGCUUCGACUGGAUCCACAAGAAAAACCAGAUUGGUCUAGGGGUUAUUUAAAGAAAUUGACUAAUGCGACCUCGAUCCUAUACAAUACUUCACUGAAUAAAGUGAUGCUGAAACAAGAUGAAGAAGUAGCGAGAUGCCACAUAUGUGCGUACAUAGCAUCACAGAAAAUGAACGAGAAACACAUGCCUGACCUGGGCUAUUACAUGGACAAUAUUCCCUUAGAGCCAAAAAAGGCCAAACAUUUAAUGAGUCUUUUCAGGCAAAGCUUGUCUAAUUCGUCACCCAUGAAGCAGUUUGCAUGGACACCGAGUCCCAAAAAGAAUAAGCGAAGUCCUGUGAAGAAUGGUGACAGGUUUACUUCCUCUGAUCCUAAAGAAUUGAGGAAACAGCUGUUCGGCACACCGACUAAAGUUGGCCAAAGUGAAAAGAGUGAUUUACCAAUUAUACCAGAGCUGCCACCGGCACAACACUUCGAAUCGCCGUCCACUACAAGAAGAAAACUGGCAUUUGAAGAAGAAGAAGAAGAAGAUGAUGAUGAAGAAGAAGCAGCAACAGCAGACAAUGAUUCGUCAUCGAAAGGCCAUAAUAUAAAGACCACUUUUGUAAAAGAUGAUGCAGAUACCGAUGAUUAUGACAACAAUGAAAGCGAUUUUGGGAGUGAAGAAGAGAUGUCGGGCGUGCAGGAGAACAAGAGGAGAAACGCCAAACAAGUCAAAAAAAUCAGAAAACCCCAAUCCGAAUUGAAAACAGCAAAGGCAUUGAGGAAAAGAGGUAGAGUUCCAAAUUCAUUGUUAGCGAAGAAAUAUUGCAAGAUGACCACAGAAGAAAUAAUACGAUUAUGCAAUGAUUUUGAACUCCCAAGAGAAGUAGCGUAUCAAAUUGUGGAUGAGUACAAUAUAAACGCGUCAAGAUUGGUUUGUCCAUGGCAAUUGGUAUGCGGGCUAGUAUUAAAUUGCACAUUUAUUGUAUUCAAUGAAAGAAGACGCAAAGACCCGCGUAUUGACCAUUUCAUCAUUAGCAAGAUGUGCGGAUUGAUGCUGACGCCUAAAGCGGAUGAUGUGAUUGAAUGUGUCAAGCUGGUAAAAGAAUUAAUCAUUGGUGAAAAAUGGUUUAGAGAUCUACAAAUUAAGUUUGAUGAUUUUGACGGUAUCAAAUACAGUGAGAUUAUUUUUAGGAAGCUAGGAUCGAUGCUACAAACCACUAAUAUUUUGGUUACCGAUGAUCAAUACAAUAUUUGGAAGAAAAGAAUCGAAUUGGAUUUGGCAUUGACGGAACCUUUAUAG